GACUUAAGUUAUCCAUAUUGGCAAAAAAAUAUAAUUACAAUAAAAUUGAUAUGAUUGUUUCGCUGUAAUGUCUGCUAGAGCUUAGGCUAUUAAUUUGGAACCGCAGCAAAAUUUUACGCACGUACAUUGAACCAAUUUAAACAUCACAUUUACUUAAUUCAGGCAAUUUUUGUUGAUCAAAACGUGCUUUAUUCACGUUAAGUAUUUAUGGAAUUUCAAACGAGGGGUAAUUAAUUGUCUAAUAAUACUAUUGUACGGUAGCUUACUUUCUGUCAUCUUAAAAAAACGAAACAGUAAUUCAUUUGAAGUGCCUAAUUUUUGAGAGCAUCUAACAAUUUUUGGAAUAACGGUUGAUCUGCAGGUUGACCAUGCUGUUCACACCAUUAGCCUGAACUAAGGAGGAUAUUCAUGCAAAUAUAGAUUUUUCAAGGGUUGAUUACUAAAAUUAAAAGAUUUGUAACAUGCUUUAACGAAAUAUUCAACUAAAUGUAAGGUGCUAAACAAUUGUUUUUGAUAUUUUAGGCUAGUUGUGUUGUUUUGUAGGCCUACUGUACGUGUUUUAUUCCCAACUAUAAGGAUAAUGUUUAAUGUUGAAUUUCUUUCUGUACUCUGUGUCAGUGGAGAGGUUGGAUAUUCACUAUGCAGUGCGUUUCUUGUUGUAUUGUUUGGGAAGGCGAUGCGUUUGCCGCAAUGGUCGUUAACCUCUGAACGACCCUGUUCAGAGGCCACGCCUCAAACACCGUCGCAGGCAGUGCGAGAUUGUGGCCGGAGGAUGGCGCUCAAGGACAAUCCAAGAGAUGCAACCCGAGCCCCGCGAGCGCCCUGCCCAGGCGCACUCCCAGGCGCGCGCCCAUAACAUCCCACCCAGAUUUCCUACUUGUGCACGAGUUUACCUCUGGAGGUCAUCAAGCAGGAUUUACGACUGGUCAACAAAAGCACGUGAUUCUCAGCCGUAACCCAUAUUUGGGUGCCUACGUAAGAGAGAAUCAAGUACACGUUCUACUCAUUUCCCUAAUUCAUCAUAAAUUGUGCAAGGGUGCUAUAGAAGAAGCAAAAGCAUCAAGAGCCACAAAUCAAGCACACACGUUACUAUUUUCUCCAAAAAUAAAAACAACAAAUACCUGCGAAACAACAGUAUUUGAAUAGUCAAUCAAUGAGCUCCUAUUUUGUAAACUCAUUCUGCGGUCGCUAUCCCAAUGGCGCCGACUUCCAGUUACAUAAUUAUGGAGACCACAGCUCAGCAAACGACCAAUACAGGGACUCAACGACCAUGCAUUCCAGCAGGCAAGGUUAUGGUUACAACGGGAUGGACCUCACUGUCGGUCGCGGUAAUGGGCACUUUGUGGCCAACGAGCGGGCACAGGGCUACUCCCCGAACCAGUCGGCGGCGGCAACAACGUCCUCUGUCGAGCCAUCCAGGUACACCCAGCCCGCGAGCGCCACUGGGACGGCGCCCCUCUCGCCUGCACCUGACCCGCUCCGGUGCUCCUCCUCUGUCACAAGCUCGUCUCCGGUCAGCGAGUCUCAACGGCAACACCGAGCCAUAAAGAACUCCAUAACUAUCCCCUGCGCGACCCCGAGCUCGAGUUCGAACGGAGGCACGCUGUUGAACCAGGAGUGUGUGUCGAAAGCCUCCCCCCUCCUCGAGGAAGAUAAGCCCGCUGGAAGAGAGCAGACAACUUCCCAACAUUUCACCGACGGUGCCCAGCCUCAGAUCUACCCCUGGAUGAGGAAACUGCACAUAAAUCAUGACAGUCUCACUGGACCAGAGGGGAAGAGGGCGAGGACAGCAUACACGCGCUACCAGACCCUGGAGCUCGAGAAAGAGUUCCAUUUCAACCGGUAUCUGACCCGCAGACGGAGGAUCGAGAUAGCACACGCGCUCUGCCUAUCAGAACGCCAGAUCAAAAUCUGGUUCCAGAACAGAAGGAUGAAGUGGAAAAAGGACAACAAACUGAAAAGCAUGAGCAUGGCAGCGGCAGGGGGUGUAGGGUACCACCGUCCCUGAUAUUUGGUUCCCCGAUGAGCUCUAAUAAAAUAAUACAAAGCUUGGGAGAACUUCCAUUCAUUUUUACAUUGCGACAGACUUCCCGAUGGCUGUUUUGGGACAGUGAACAUGCAGUUGUCCAAACUCCGGCCUUUUCAAAAAGACUUUCCUCCAUAGUUAUAUUUAUUUUCACCGUGAUAAUGCUUGUGUGAGUAAAAAAAUAAACAUUCUGUACAUUGUUUGUCUUAGAGAACAAACCAAUGGGAAAUACAUGUUUGUUAACUUAUUUCUUGUUCAAAAUAGAAUCAACUCGAAGUUACCGCAAAAAAGUCCAUUAACUAUCCAAUAAAAGUUGUGUAGCCUAUUGCACUUGUAAAACAGUAUAGAAACUCGAAUAAUUAAUGAGUUGAUAAAAAAUGCUGUUGCUUUUGUGUAAAGCCUUUGUUUUAUAUGUAAGUAUGUAUUUAUUUGUUCAAUGUAUUGUACCAAACUUAGAUAACUUGUUCCUUAUUGUAGACAGACGUAUAAGCCUUACGCGAUUGUUGUGCGUUGUGAACACGUGACGGGACCGCAGUUCUGACCCAUUGCGUGUAGCUGUGCCUUUGUAUCCUUCUUUUACACGAGCUACUGUAAAUCUGUUCACCUGGCGCAGCUUCUUAGAAUGUGUGUUUCUUGUACGUUCCCCUCUAUGUUGGAUGUGAAGGGUUCCAUCGUGGAGCCCAUUGCCUACGUGUAUAGCUUCAUCGUGCUAUACGCUUUUUGCAAAUGUUUUUAAAGAAUGACUGGAAAUUGAAAAUAAUAUUAUAGUGAUGAUGCUGAUUAUAAUAAACUUUCUACUGGAACGACA